GUCGUCAUCGUUCGUCAUAAUGUAGACGUAUACCUCAAGGUGCUUUUUAAAAUAUAUUUAUGUUUCUUAUUAAUUUAUUUUCCUCGAGACGAUAAUGUUUAAUAUAUUCGCCUCGUCCCGUAUCCGAAAAUGUGAAGUGGUAUAAAGGACGUCAUAUCUGUUAAUUAUGUCGUAAAUAUGAUGUCACAAAUGGAACAGUUAUUAUUUUUUUGUGACGUCGUAAAGUAGGAGGUAACGUACGAUAUCGAGUAUGAGUGCUUAUGCACGUGUAAAUCGUGGAACACAAACGUUCGAGCCGUAGAUCUGUUACGUGGAAGAUUUGCAACUCGGUUUCACCACAUCCCGCUUCUACAACCAUGACUAGUGUAAUUAGGAAAAGUUUACCUUUCUUCGCUUCUGGAAUAGUUGUUAAGGGUUUUGGAAGAGGCAGCAAGGAGUUGGGAAUACCCACAGCAAAUUUUCCCAGCGAGGUGGUGGACCACCUGCCGAAGGACAUAGAGUGCGGAAUAUAUUACGGAUGGGCCGGGGUUAACAACGGACCCGUCUACAAGAUGGUCAUGAGUAUAGGCUGGAACCCUUUCUAUCACAAUAUUAAAAAGUCUAUGGAAACCCACAUAAUAAAUCAGUUUCCCGAGGACUUCUACGGCUCCAUUCUAAGGGUUGCCAUUUUGGGAUAUCUGAGACCGGAGAAAGACUUUUCUUCGUUAGAGGAACUGAAAUCUGCCAUCACCGACGACAUCAGAGAAGCCGAACGUCUCCUGGACCAGCCCCACUACCUGAUAUACAGAGACCAUUCGUUCUUUCACUCCAAAAACGGGACUGCCUUUCCUCCCCAGAACAACGGAUACAGCCUAUAACAUUCCAGAAAAACGGUCUAGGUACUUCGUCUCUGGUCUUCCGCUUUGAAGAUUUAAAUUCUCAAACCUGGCA